AUGAAAUUUUUUGAUGAAUUAUCAAGCUUAAUUCAAGCUGAUAAAUUAUCAAAAUUAAUUCGUAUUGAUGAAGACACUUUAAAAAACUUUAUUGAAAAAAUUUUAAAUAUAAAAAUAAUUAAUGACAUACGUUCAAUAUGCCCAAAUUCAAAAUAUUUACAAUUAAUUCUUGACAAUAAUGAUUUGGUUUUCAAACAUGAUUCGCAUAAAAUAUUAAUUCAAUUUAAACAACUAAUUUCAAAUUAUAUAACAGAUAAAUUUUAUAACAUUAAACAACGAAAUAAAUUACGAAUUGAAACUGAAGAUGAUUUAAAAACUUUCUUCCAGUAUUACGAACUGCAUCAAUUAGUUAAUAAAAAACAACUGUUAUCCGCAUUAAAUAUCGAAAUAGUUCUAAGUAAAACCUUUGAUAUUCGUCAAUUUGAUCAAUGUUUUAUAUUAAAAAAUUUAUUUCAAUCAAACCAGAUACCAUCGUUUAUUACUGAGAUUUUUCAUAGAUUAAAAGAACAUUUAAAAAAAUUAAUCAAAUUAAAUGAUUCAUCAACUAUUGAAUCAUUUCUUCAAAUUAUUAAAUAUAGUUUAACUCCAAUGAAAUUUAAUACAAGAAUUGAAAAUCACAAAAAUAUAUUCAUUGGAAAAGGUGUUUAUGUUGUAUUAAGUUCAAUCCUAAUGGAAUUACAAGAAAAAUUAAAAGAAACAAAUUUGAUUGAAGUUUUAUUAAUCGUAUCAGAAAUUUUGUUUAUUGACUGUGAUUUAGAAAAUAAAAUUUGGCAUGGAAUUAAUAUUGGAAUUUAUGCUAAACAGAUCAAAAUCAUAAAAGAAUGUCAAUUUAAUCUUUCUGGAUUAAACGGUCAACCUGAAACAAAACUAGCAAAAGCAGAGAAUGGAAAACAAGGUCACUCAGAAGAAGAUAAACACGGAAAACAUGGAAAAAAUGGAGAUAAAGGCGAAAGUGGAGGGAAUGUAAGAAUUAUUGCUGAUACAAUUGAAGAUGGAAAAUUAUUAACAAUUCUAUCAAAUGGUGGAAAUGGAGGUUAUGGACAAGAUGCUGGUGAUGGAGCAAAUGGUAAAAAUGGGGAAGAUGGCCAUAGUUUAACAUUAGAUCAAUUCAAAACACAAUUUCCAACAUUCGAAUUUAAGAUUCCCUGGGCACGACACGACUGUUUGAAUCAUUAUUACAUACAUCCAACAAUCAGACUCCCAAGAACUGUUUGCAGCUUGAAUUAUCAAUCACAAGCUGUCAUCUUUGGAGCCAACUAUUGUUACCGUGAAUAUGAAUAUGAACAUGGAAAUAAGAUGUAUUUCUCAUUUGAAAAUACUUGGAUUUCAGACCAUAUAGCAGCUUAUUGUUUAUAUAAAGGUACAUUAGGUCAACCAGGAGAAGCCGGUGGUUUUGGUGGGAAAACUGGAUAUUCUGGCGAAGCGGGUUUUGCAGGUGACAUUAAAAUAACUAUAUAUCAGAAAUCCCAAUCAGAUAUUCAAAUAAUUGCUUCCAGUGGAGAACAAUAUCCUCAUGGAGAUUCAGGGGAUGAUGGACAUUCAGGAAACUCCGGUCAAAAUAAACCUGAUCUUGCUUAUAUGUGGAAAAGUGAAUGGCUUAAUCCAGUGUAUUAUGAACCGGGUUGGUUCAAAAUAGAACCUCAUCCUAGCAAAGCAAGUGAUAGAGUCAGAGAUGCUAAAUAUGAAGAUUCGGAGAGAUAUGCUGAAAUUGUAUCAAUUCAAGAACCUGAACCUCUACAAGCGAAAACAAUUGAUAUAAAUGAAAAAAGAAUAUAUCAUGAAAAACAAAAUAAAAAAUGUGAAGCUACACGAAAACCUAAUAUUUCUUCAGAAUUAUUAGAACAAAUGUACAAUGAAUCACAAAUAAAUCAUCAAUUAUUGUCAAUAUCAAGUUUAAUACUUGAUGUAGAUAUUAUUCAAAACCAAUUAUCUGAAGAUCAAACUAAUGGAAAAGAAAAUCUUUCGAUUGUUAAGCCAUUUUUUAAUCAAAAAUAUUUUAAAUUAAAAAAGUAUCAAACAAAAAAUGAAUUAAAUCCAAUUUUAAUUUCAAAUUCAAUCGAUGAUAUAUCAAAUAGAUUUGAUUAUAAUACAGCAUUUCUUAAUGCUUCCGAUUUAGAAAAACAAUCUAUUAGAAAUGAUUUAGAAUAUUAUUUAUCAAUUGAAAAACUAAAAUUAGCUUUUUUACAAAAAUCAAAUGAAAAUAUGAUUAAUACUGAUAAAAAUUAUCUUAUUGAUGAAUUAAUUAAAGAAAAUACAUAUUCAGAUAAUUAUUCUUUAAUUCAUUCAGUUUUAGGUACUAAAAAUCAAUUUGGAUUUUAUGAAUAUCCCAAUCCAGGACAAAUUUCAUUACACAACUUAGCUGAAUCAAAAGGUAUUUGUAUUUACGUUCAUGAAGAAUCAAAUGAUGAUGCGAGAGUAUUAAAAAUCAUAGGCAGAUAUAAUGAAAAAUCAAAUGAAAUUCGUCAUAUUUUAUAUGAAAAUAAUCAAUAUUAUAGAUUAUCAAUACGAAAAAUGUUAAAUUAUGAUUAUUUGGAAAAAAUAUUAAACAACAUAAAUCAAUUGAAGAAAACUUCAGAUUUUACCAAUUCUGUUAAAACAAAAGAACCUUUUCCAAUUGAAAAUGAAGAAAUUUCAAUUGAUGAAAUAGCUAAGCAUUUUAAUGAGAAUUCAAAUCAACGUUUACGAUCAUCAUUAAUUGUUCUUUCAGAAAAUAAAUCAAUAUUAAAAUCAUUACAAAAACGUUUUCAAAUAGAAAAAGUCGAGAUUAGUUCAGAAAUUCUUCUUUUAUUUUCAAUUUUUAUUUCAAACGAAAAUGAAAAUUUCUUUCAAUAUCAAUGGGUUAUUUCAGUUUAUAAUCAACGUGAAUGGAUUGAUGAAUUAUUAUUAAUCAAACUAGAGCAAAUAACAAAUAAAUCAUAUGAAAUAAUUUCAUCUUGGAGAUCUAUUUUACGUAAAAUUCAAAAUAAACAAAUUAUUAAAUUAAUUAUUUUAAAACUUUUUGAUGAAAAUAUUCAAUAUGAAGCAGUAGACUUUGAAAAAUUAUUUAAUCAAAUUAAAGAUUUACAUUUAAAUCAACUGGAAUUUAUUGAUAUACUAACCAAUUUACCAUUAAAUCAAUGGAUUAUGAAACUAAAACAUUUAAUAUUGAUUGAAUUAAUUAAUGAAAAUAUUCGUGAACUAAAAUCUUCUAAUCAAACAUUAACAGAUGAAGAAUUUUCAUCAAUGAAUUAUUAUUUGUAUUUUUUAUUUAAUCAAAAUGAAAGUUUAACGAUGAAACUAUUAAAUAUUCUUAAGAAAAAAUCACUUGAAUUUAAUAAAAUCUUAGAUAUCAUUCAUAAGUUUUAUUCCGGUCAUUAUCAAUUUGAUGAAGAAACAAUAAAUCAAAUAACAUCAAAUAAUUUUACGAAUCGUACAUCAAAUGAAGAAAGAAAAUUAAAUAAAUUACUUCAAAUUAUGAAUCAAGACAAAAUAACUUCAAUUGAUAAUGAAUUAAAAGAUAAAAUUACAACUUUUGUUAAUAAUGUUAAUAAGUGUAAAAUUGUUAGAAUAGGUAAGGAGCAAAUAUCAAUUGAAUCUUUAACUGGACAAAAUAUCGGACAAUGGACAGAAGAAUUUCGAUUAAAAUCAUUGAAAGAUAAAAAUCUUUGUUUGCAUGAAUUAUUAGCAGUUAUUGAACAUGCAAUAACCAUUGUCUUUUCCGAAAUCAAAUCACUUCGUGAUGCACAAAAAUUAACAAUUGCAUGUUUUAUUUAUACGAAUGAAAAUUUAUUGUCCCAAGUUUCAACUGGUGAAGGUAAAUCAUUGAUAAUUAUUUCAAUAAUGAUAAUUAAAUGUUUAUUGGGUGAGAAUGGUGAUAUAAUAACAAGUUCACCUGUUUUAGCUAAACGUGAUGCAAAUGAAAAUAAAAUUUUAUACGAAUUAUUUUCUAUAACAGUCUCACAUAAUUCAUAUGAAGAUUUAAAUGAUCGAAGAAAAUCUUAUGAAAAACAAGUUAUUUAUGGAGAUAUUUCAACAUUUCAAAGAGAUUAUUUAUUAGAUCAUUUUUAUGGAAAAUCAAUUUUAGGAAAUCGUUAUGAAAAUGGUCGAACAAAUAUUAUUGUUGAUGAAGUUGAUUCGAUGUUAGUAGAUAAAGGAAAUUCGGUUCUCUAUUUAUCACAUCAAUUACCAUAUUUAGAUACAUUAGAAUCGGUUUUCAUUGCAAUAUGGCAAUUGAUUAAUUUAAAUAUUGCAGAUGGAAAAUAUCCAUUAGUUAAUGAAAUCCGAAAAAUUAUUUCAUAUAAUUUAUUUCCAGUUUUAAGUAAAACUGACCUAAAUAAAAUAACAACAAAUCAAAAUGAAAUUGAUGAAAUUUGGAAAGAAUUAAUUGUAAAUAAUAUUAUUUUUCAUGAUGGACAUAUUUUAUCAACAAAUGUUCAAUUCAAUGAAAAAAAAUUUCAAAAUUUUCAAAUUCAUAUUCAAAAUUUAUUAAAACAAAUUCUUAAUAGAGAUAAAAUAAUUCAUGUACCAGAUUAUUUAUUACCAUUUAUUCAACAACAUUUAACUGAUUGGAUUCAAAGUGGAAUAAAUGCAUAUCAUAUGGAAGAAGGACGAAAUUAUAUUGUUGAUGUUGAUCGAGGAGGAAAUAAAUACGAUUCAUAUCCAAAUAUAAUCAUUAUGGAUUGUGAUACUGGUGUUGAUCAAGCAAAUACACAAUGGAAUCAAGCACUACAUCAAUUUUUACAACUUAAACAUCAAUGUAAAACAUCAUUACUUAGUUUAAAAGCUGUUUUUACAUCAAAUAUUAGUUUUUUAAAUAUGUAUCAACAUAUUUAUGGAUUAAGUGGAACUUUAGGAUCAGAGAUAGAAAAAAGAUUUUUGAAAGAUGCUUAUCAAGUUUCAUUUGUUACAAUACCUGUUGCAUUACCGAGUAAAUUUAAAGAAGAAAAACCUUUAAUUUGUAAAGAUUUAUGGAAAUGGAGACAAACAAUUGUUGAAAAAGCUAUCGAAUUAUCAAAAAAACGAUCUGUUUUAAUCAUUUGUGAAACAAUUAAAGAUGUUGAACAAAUUAAUCAAACAUUUAAAUUAGCAAAAACAUUUCGUAUAAAUAAUGUGUUCAUUUAUAAACGAAGUUAUGAAGAUUUUUCUAUAGACAAAAAUGGUUUAAAUACUGGUAAAAUAAUAAUUGCAACGAAUUUAGCAGGUCGAGGAGCUGAUAUUAAAAUAACAGACGAAUUAAAUAAUAAUGGAGGUUUACAUGUUAUAUUAACUUAUUUACCUGAUAAUUAUCGAAUUGAACAACAAGCAUUUGGUAGGACAGCACGAAAAGGACAAUCUGGUUCCGGACAACUAAUAUUUAUUGAUCCUAUGAAUAAUUUAUUCAAUGAUAACAAUAAAAUUCAUCCGUUAUUAAACUUCAUUGAUCUUAAAAAUCAACGUGAUUAUAAUGAAUUAUGUCGUGUGGCUGAAAUAGAUAAUUAUUAUAAAACAUUUAUUAAAUUUGAAGAAAAUUUAUUUACAAAAUAUCGUGAAACUUAUAAUAAAUUGAAACAUAAAUUAGAAAAAGAAUUUGAUUUAAAGAAAUCAAUUGUUGAUAUAAUUCUUAAUUCUCUUUUGAAUAAAUGGGCAUUUUGGUUAGAUGAAAUCUCAUCAAUAAUUAAUGAUAAAAAACAAAUUAUUCAAUCAUUAGAAACAUUCAUUUCUCGAAUAGAUCAAAUCAAAAACUUAGAAUCUGCAAUAGAUAUAAUAGUUACUGAACCAACUCAAUUGAUUAAAAUAGCGAAAGUAUUUAUUGAAAUUGAAAAGUAUGAUAACGCUUUAAAAAUUCUAGAUAAAGUUAUUAAAAAUGAACCAAAAUUUUGUCAAGCAGCAUAUUAUUAUAAAGCUCAUUGUAUUGUUAAACAAACACGUUUAGUAUCACCUGAAAAUAUAAAAAAUUAUUUUACAUCAUUAGAUAAAGCUGAAUUAUUAUUUAAUGAACAUAUUGAUAUAUUAACUCAACAAAAUGCAAUUAUGGGUAGCUUAAAACAAAUGGAAAAACCAAAAUCAUUUAAUUUAGUAAAUUCUUAUCAAAUACAAAAUGGAAAUCUUAUUAAUUUAUAUUCAAACUUUAUUCGAUCUAUUCACAAAAUCCGAGGUUAUGAAGUUACACCAGAUACUUUAUUAAGUACCAAUAUUAAUGAAGAAAAUUCGUCAAUUAUUUAUGAUAAAUUACUUAACUCUCCAAAUAAUCUUUUUAUUAAAAAACAUUUAAAUGAAAAUUUUGAUGAAAGUUUAUUGAAAAUAAUUUGUAUUGAUUAUCAAAUAAAUUAUGAACAAAUGAAAAGAUAUUUAAAAAAUACAAAUCCAAUUGAUGAGCAAGCAAUAAAAAGUUUUCUUCGGGAGAUUCAAAUUCCAACUCGAGACCUUUUUUGGGAAUUAUUAGUUCAAAAGAAUAUUAUAAAAGAUGUUAAAUCAUUUAUUGUUAUUGUUAAGAAAAAAGAAGAAGAAAAUCAAUCAGAACAUUUCAAGCAAUUCAUUUCUUCUCUUAAACAACCAUUGAAAGAUAUUCAAAAGUUAAAUAUAAAUGAUAAAUCAAAAAUUUUUUUCAAGAAAAUUAGUUUUAAAGAAAAUGAUUUAAGAUUUGUUUAUGAAGCACCUAAGAAAAAAUAUGAAGUUUUUGAAAACAAAUAUUUUAUUAAAAAUAAAAUUGGAAAAUUCGAUGUAGAACAGUUAGAAAAUAUUAAAUCAAUUGGAAUAUAUGAAUCAAUUAAAUCUAUAGAUUUUCUACAAAUUGAAAAUUUAACUGAAAAACAUUCUCAAGAUAUUUAUAAUAUUCUUAUUCAAAAUAAGAUUAUUGAUAAACAGACAGGUAUACUUCUAACAAACAAGUUUGAAAAUAUUCAAUUUGGAUUAUAUCAAAUUUAUCAAUCACAAAUAUUUUCAAUAAUUAAAUGUCAAUGUUUAUAUAAAUAUCAAAUAUUAGAAAUUCUCGAUGAAAUUUCUUCGAAAGAUUUUCAAAAUCUUAAUUUAACUUUACCAAUUGAUUUACAUAAAAAUCUUUUAUAUGUUUUACAAACAUCAUUAAUUAUCGAACCAGUGCGAGUCAAUUUUGAACCUGUUAAGCCGACUAUAAUUGAUAAAUUUUUUCUGAACAAUUGUUCGGAUAAAAUAGCGGAAUUAGUUCAGAAUGAUAUUCAUCUUGAAAAUAAAGAAGAAAUAAGUCGAAGUAUUGGACAAUGUUUAGCUCAAACAAUAGGAACAUUAAAAUCUUCAUCAAAACUAGAUUCUUAUUUAAAAAAUAUUCAAAGAGAAUUUGAUAGAAAUCAAUUAUUUGAAUAUAAUCAAGAAAUUGAAAGAUUUCAAAUCAAUUGUUUAGACCAAUUAAUUGAUAUUCAAGAAAUGAAAUGGACUUGGCAAAUGUGGGUUGGAACAGUAGUUGUUUUUCUAUUUGGAUUUGGACAGAUUAUUGCUGGUUGUGUUCUAGAAUUAUAUUCAGUUGGAAUUGGUACUUAUACUGCAAUGGGGAUAAUUUCUGAAGGAAUUAACGAUAUGAUUUAUGCAAUAUCAGCUGCUAAAAGUGGUCAUUUUGGUUGGUCUGAUUAUUUUGUACAUAAAGCCCAUAGUAUUUUGAUAACAAUAGCAACUGCAAGUGUAGCUGGAUUGAUUUCAAAAGGUAUUUCAUGGUCUCGUUAUGGCAGUAAAUUAGUUGGAAAUACAGGAGCAUUAUCGAAAGUUGCUGGAAGUGAAUUAUUAAAUAUAGCAGGCAAAUCUAGUAUGCCAGGUGUUACAAAUCAUGUUAUAAAACAAGUUGUCGUUAAUACUGGUUUGAAAAUCGGUGAAGGAAUACUAUAUGGUUCUACUCGUGCAACAAUAUCAUAUUUAUCGGAUAAAUAUCUUCGGGAUUGUUGCGGUAAAAUUCUUAGUGAAUUAGUUCUUGGUAUAAAAAAUUCAUUUAAAGAAAAGAGAGAUGAAAUUAAAAAUUCUUUAAAAGAACUUUGUCGAAAAUUUGGACAAAAUUUAACAGAAAAAUGGUUAAAUGAAUUAGCUCAAAAUAUUGAUAGAGAUCAAUGGUAUGGAAAAGUUUCUCAAUGGAUCUUAACUGGCGUGAAUACAGUUACAUCAGGAAUAAAUCAGGGUUUAAAUAAAAUUGCCAGCGCCCAAGUAUUAAGUAGCAAUGCAAAAACUGCAUUAGAAAUUAUGGCUACUUUUAAUGAAAUAUGGGCAUAUAGUUCAUACGUUAAUGCAAUGCUUAAGAUCGUAAUUGAAACAAAAUCUUUUAUUGGGAGUAUUGUGAAAAAAAUACAAGAAAAAGCUCAAGAAUCUUCAAAUCAAUCACAGAAUUAUGAGAUUGAAGAAGAAAAAUUAAAUAAAUUUACUAAUAAAUUAAUUGAACAUUGGACUAAAUUAUUAGAAGAUAAAAUAGAUAGUGAUGCCAGAACUAAAAUUAUUGAACCAUUUUUAGGUGCAUGUGCUCAGAAGCUUUUGAGAAAUAUUGGAAAAGCUAUACGAAAUUAUCAUUUACGUCGACAAGAAAAUUUACUUUGGAAUAAACUUCAAGAGACUAAAGCAAAAUACGAAGAAGAAAAAAAUGAUAUAUUAAAAACUCAAGAGCAACUUACGAAUAACGAUCAGACUUUUGAUACACUUCAAAAGAAGUAUGAUCAAAAUUUAUUAAUUAUUUUAUCAAAAACAAAAAAUCCAAAGUUAUUUGCUGCGAUUAUUCGAGCAGGUGCUCCAAUGGAUAUGACUUGUAUUUAUGCAUGUGCCAAUAUAUUAAAGAAACCAAUAAAAAUUGUCAAUUCUGAUGGAAUAACCUUUCCUAGUUUAAUUUGUCCAUCUAGUUGUAAUCCAGUUGAUGUACAAGAUUCCGAUUGUCUUUUGCUUACUCUCCAUCCUGGUGAUGGAAUCGAUUCAUUUGGUCAUUUUACUUCACCCUUACAUGCCGGUGAAAAUUUGUCUAAUGAUGAUAAAAAUAAUUGUCUAAUUAAUGCACUUUCGCAACAACUACCAGAGAAUGAAAAACCAAAUAAUGCGGAGGAUUUUCGAAAAAAAAUAGCAAAUGAAAUCGAAGGAAAUGCAGAUAUUCAUGAAAUUAUUAAACAAAGUUAUCAUCAUUUUUAUAUAUCACAAGUAGGUUUUGGUGGUCAACAUCGUGAUCAAAAAACAAUUAUUUUUAAAAAGACUCAAUUUGACAAAGAAUUUGCAAAUAAAUAUUUUAUUGGUUCUGUUGGUCAACAUAGAAAUAUAACGGAUUUAUCAAGAGAAGGACAGAGAGAAUCAGAACAUCUCGUUCCAGACAAAAUAAUGCAACUUUGGUGUAAAAUUAGUUGUAUUAGAAAGAUUAUCAAGGAACAAUAUCCUGAAUUAAAAGUGGAAACACCCGAAUAUAAAAUAAAAUUCGACGAUUUAAUGAAAUCAGAUUUACCAGAGAUUCAAAAUGCUAUAACACAUACGGAUGAUAUGUUUACAAUUUGUAUGAAUUAUGAAGAUCAUCAUAACAUAGAAACAAAUUGGAGCAGUUUCAAAGCGAAAAAACCUGAACAGUGGGCAAAAGCAGAAGACUUUGUUUAUAAUAAUCAAAAUGACAAAGCGUCUCAGUUACAACAAAAAUUUAAUUUGCCAGAUAUUAAAAUGCAUGAUCAAACGGUUCAAUUUCCAAGUCAUAUACAAAAUUCAGACAUAAUCAGCGAUGUUCAUCAAAGAAGUAUAUCAUUGGAACCGUCGACAAAUUCAAGAAAACGAUAUAAAACAAACUAA